AUGAUGAAGUUUCGGUUCAGGCGGCAGGGCAACGACCCCCAGAGGGAGAAGAUCAAACAGGAUCUCUUUGCGUUUAACAAGACUGUGGAACAUGGAUUCCCCAACCAGCCCAGCUCUCUGGCUUACGACCCCAAGCUUCGCAUCAUGGCUAUCGGAACAAAAUCUGGAGCCGUCAAAAUCUACGGGGCCCCUGGAGUGGAGUUCACAGGCCUACACAAGGAGACGGCUACAGUCACCCAGAUGCACUUUUUGCCUGGCCAGGGCCAGCUCCUCACCUUGCUAGACGACAACACCCUCCACCUUUGGGGGAUCUUUCAGAAGGAUGGCUACUCCCACUUGGAGGAGACCCACAGCUUCCUCCUGCCGGGCCGCCCAGGGUUUGACAGUGCUAACUCUCCUCCCAGCAUCACCCGGGUGACAGUGAUCUUGCUGAAGUCGGCCUGCAACGUGGCCUGCUUGGGCACUGAAGGAGGUGGCGUCUACUUCCUCAAUCCCACCAGCCUUGCCUUGCUAGAUGACCAGACCCUCUUCCAGGAUGAGGUCCUACAGAGCGUUCCGGAUGAUUACAGGUGUGGGAAGGCCCUUGGACCAGUGGAAUCCCUCCAGGAACAUCCUCAGGACCCCUCCAAGAUUCUCAUUGGCUACAGCCGAGGCCUGGUUGUCAUCUGGGACCAGAGUACAAGGCAUAUUGACCACCUGUUCUUAGGAAAUCAGCAGCUGGAAAGCCUUGCCUGGGAGCGCAGCGGCGGCAUCCUGGUGAGCUCCCACAGCGAUGGCAGCUAUAUGAUCUGGUCGGUGAGUGAUGACAGCGCAUGGACGCUGCAGCCCACCACCUCCACCGUCCCCUAUGGUCCCUUUCCCUGCAAAGCCAUCAACAAAAUCCUUUGGCGAACCUGUGAGUCUGGAAACCACUUCAUCAUCUUCAGUGGGGGCAUGCCCCGGGCCAGCUAUGGGGACAGACACUGUGUGACGGUGCUGCAGGGCCAGACACUGGUCACUUUAGACUUCACUUCUCGGGUGAUUGACUUCUUUACAGUGUACAACACGGAGUCCAAGGAUGAUUUUGACAACCCCAGUGCCCUAGUGGUGCUGGUUGAGGAGGAGCUGGUGGUGAUUGACCUGCAGACUCCUGGCUGGCCCACGGUACCAGCUCCAUACUUGGCUCCACUCCACUCCUCGGCCAUCACCUGCUCCUACCACAUUUCCAAUGUCCCCCUCAAGCUUUGGGAGAGGAUCCUAAGUGCUGGAAAGCAGCAGAGCCCUCAGCUUGCUUCCAUGAACUGGCCCAUCAAUGGAGGGAAGAACUUAGCUCAAGAGCCUACCCAGAGAGGACUCCUGCUGACAGGCCAUGAGGACGGGACAGUGCGCUUCUGGGAUGCCUCUGGAGUGUCCCUCAGGCCACUCUACAAGCUGGGCACGGCGAAUAUCUUCCAGACGGACUGUGAACAUGCAGACAGCCUCAACCAGGCCGGCGAGGAAGAGUGGCCCCCCUUCCACAAGGUGGGAUGUUUUGACCCCUACAGUGAUGACCCUCGGCUUGGUAUUCAGAAGAUUUCACUGUGUAAAUACACAGCCAAGAUGGUGGUGGCAGGCACCGCUGGACAGGUGCUUGUCAUGGAGCUGAGCGAUGAGAAGUCUGAGCACCAGGUCAGUGUCGCUACCAUGGACCUGUUACAGGACCGAGAGGGCUUUACCUGGAAAGGUCAUGACCAGCUGAGCCCCAAGAAUGGCUCCCUGGCCUUCCCCCCUGGCUUCCAGCCUACCGUGCUGGUGCAGUGCCUGCCCCCAGCCGCUGUGACUGCGGUCACUCUGCAUUCCGAGUGGAACCUCGUUGCCUUUGGGACCAGCCAUGGUUUUGGACUGUUUGACUAUCACCGCCGGAAUCCGGUGCUGGCCAGGUGUACCCUUCAUCCCAACGACUCCCUAGCCAUGGAGGGACCCCUGUCCAGGGUCAAGUCCCUGAAGAAGUCCCUAAGGCAGUCCUUCAGGCGAAUCCGGAAGAGCCGAGUUUCUGGCAAGAAGCGGCCCAACCCCAGUAGCCCCAACAGCAAGGUGCAGGAAGCCAAUGCCCAACUGGCGGAGCAGCCCUGCCCUCACGACGUGGAGAUGACCCCUGUGCAGAGGCGGAUUGAGCCCCGAUCGGCCGAUGACUCGCUCUCAGGCGUGGUGCGCUGUCUCUACUUUGCUGACACUUUCCUGCGGGACGCUGCUCAUCACGGCCCAACCAUGUGGGCGGGCACCAACUCGGGGUCCGUGUUCGCUUAUGCCCUGGAGGUACCGUCCCAGGAGAAGUUCUCAGAGCGAGCCGUGGAGGCCGUCCUGGGCAAGGAGGUACAGUUGAUGCACCGGGCCCCUGUGGUCUCCAUCGCCGUGCUGGAUGGUCGGGGCAGUCCCCUGCCAGAGCCCUACGAAGUGUCCCGAGACCUGGCCAAGGCCCCCGACAUGCAGGGCAGCCAUUCGGUGCUCAUCUCUUCUGAGGAACAAUUCAAGGUGUUUACGUUGCCCAAGGUCAGCGCCAAGACAAAGUUCAAGUUGACGGCCCAUGAGGGCUGCCGGGUGCGCAAAGUGGCUCUGGUCACGUUCACCAGCGUGGCGUUCGAGGACUACACGGAGAACUGCCUGGCCUGCCUCACCAACCUCGGAGACAUUCACAUCUUUGCAGUGCCGUCCCUUCGGCCUCAGGUGCACUAUGACUGCAUCCGCAAGGAGGACAUCAGCGGCAUCGCUUCCUGUGUCUUCACCAAAUAUGGCCAAGGGUUCUACUUGAUCUCCCCGUCGGAGUUUGAGCGUUUUUCCCUGAGUGCCAGGAAUGUCACGGAACCCUUGUGCUCCCUAGACUUCAUCCGACCUCAGGAUACCAUCUGCGUCAGCAAUGACUACAAAGGAUCCCCCAAGCUGAGCCAAGCCAACGGGACCCACGUGCUGCCUGUGUCAGAGGGAAACCGUUCCUUCCUCGAUGGAGCCGGAACCCCCGAGCAUUCCCAGGCUGCCCUCUCCCCAGCAUCCAUAGACUCCCCCAACAGCACGGACAACACGCUGGACAGCACAGCCGACAUCACCGUGGAAGAAGUGAAGGAUUUCUUGAGCUCUUCAGAGGAAGCAGAGAAAAAUCUGAGAAACAUAGCGGAGGAUGAUGCACGAUCUCCAGGAAUCCUGAUCAAAUAAGGACAGAUGCUGUUGCCUGAGGCUCAGGCUUGGACCCCAGUGACGAGGACCAGAGCCCAGGGCCCAGGCAGGGGCCCCACAGUCCGUGCACACCUGCCCUGUGCCCAUCGGAUACCGUCCCUGUAACAUAGGCUUGUUCCUUCUAACUGUGGCAGGGCAGAAGCAGCAGUGCCCUGGACCCCCAUAACCCCCUGCCUGCCCUCGGGUCCCCCAAACCAACACUAUGAAGAGUCUUCCCUUGGAAGAGGGGCGAGAAGGGGAAAAUAGCAGGAACCCAGGACCAAGGGAGCUCCGCACGUUCCUCACAUCCAAGACUGAAAGGGCAGAAUCCCCGUCCUUCGCCUCCUCAGGAGCCACAGCCGCUGCUUUCCCUGCUUAGGCUACCUCGGCUGGCCCAGAAAACCUGUGUGUGGCAGAGGGGUCCUCGGAGGGGAGCAGGUGUACCCCAGGCUCCCCCUCCUCCCUGCUUGCCUGGGUCCUCUUCCCUGCUCAUGCCUAUGACCAGAAGUGGAUGAAAGGCCCAGGCUGGCACCUCCAUCACCCCGCGUCCCUCUUUCUGUCCUCCUUCCCCCAGAGGCCCGGGGAGAACUCGGCCUCCUGAGGGUUUCCUUUGUCCAGAAGCACAAGUCUGGCCUAGCGCAGGUCCCCUUGCCUGGUGUCCCCAGGAGUGAGUUCCGAGACGGUGGGAGCCUUUUUUUCCUCUCGUCCUGGGCUCAGCCAGCAGAGCGCUUUGGUGUGGCUCUAGGGUACUGGCCCCCGGGGAAGGAGCCCAAGGAGUCAUUCCUGUGGGGGCACGGGGAGGCCGUUGUUGCCUGGAAGCCAGAGCGGGCCGUUGCCAGGUGGGGACCCAGCCUCUGGGCAGCCUCUCCCGGCCUGUAACCACUCCUGUCCUGGGCCCAGCCUUGGUCACCCAAGCCACUUUAGGGGGAGACGGUUGGGGUCCAGGGCCAGUCCCUGGCCAGGAAGGCCAGAGCCUUUUCGUAUAGGAUUUCUUUCUUUUUUUAAAAACAGCCAAGGUUGCCUCUUUGGGACUUGGAGAAAAAGAUUUGUACCGCUAUUUUGGCAUUCUUGCUCCUGGAAUGGUUCCUGCCGAGUGUGUGUCUACGUGUGUCUGGGCCCCUCUCCAGGCCAACCAAUGCGCCAGCUGACCGGCCAUGCUCCCAUUUUGUGUCCUGGGGGGUU